AUCCUGCCUAAUCAACCCCCAAUAUAUAUAUACAUAUAUAUAUAUAUAUAUAUAUAUAUACACACACACACCCCACCUAAAUAUCAACCCCCAAAAUCUCAUGUAUAAAUAGCCUGUGAUCCCUCCUCUUUCCCUCCCCUUCUCCUUCCACAUUUCUACGAAAUCCUUUCCUACCGUUAAGGGGCAAUCUUUCCAAAGCACAAAAAAGGAAGAAGACACGAAUAUAAGUUCCGGCAAAAUUCCUCAAAAACCUUAUUUUCUACCUCCAAGAAAAGCAUUACACAAAACGUUAAUAUGGAUUAUCCUAAAUUUGUGUUGGAAGCCUCAGAGGCUGAGCUCAUGGCUCAAUCCUUUGGCCUCCCCUCCACCCUUCAACUUUUGCCAACGUUGAUUGAACCAGCCAAGAACCAUGCCUGCCCUCCCAUCUCAAAUUUCCAUGUUAGCGCCGUUGGCCUUGGCUCCGAUGGUCGCGUCUUUCUAGGCGUUAACCUUGAGUUCCCUGACCUUCCCCUUCACCAUACUGUCCAUGCCAAGCAGUUUUUACUCCUCAACCUCGCUGUCCAUAACUGCUCUCGCCUCGUAGCUUUUGCGGUCUCUGCUGCACCUUGCGGCCACUGUAGACAGUUUCUUCAAGAACUACGCAACUCUUCCACUCUCCAAAUCCACAUCACGUCUCUGCAGAACAAUAAUCCUGAUAUUACAUUCAAGCCUUUUGCUGAAUUAUUUCCCUACCCGUUUGGUCCACUUGAUCUUUUGGACGAGGAAACUCCUUUGCUGCUCGAGCACCAUCAUAAUAGUUUAUUUCUGUCUAUAGUAAGAAAAUUGACCUUAGAUCUAACUCAACCCCAAAAACUGGUUAAUGGGGUGAGGAUUGUUUAGGAUCAAAUAAGCGAGACCAUUUCCAAGAAGGGCAAUUAUCAUGGACAUGCAUAUAAUGGGUCAUCAAGUCAUGAAUCAGAAAGCGAAUCUACAACAGUUAAUGGUAUUAUGAACUCUGGAAUAUUAAGCAAUGGGUUUUGGGUAAAAAAUGAAAUAGAGAGUACUACCCUUUUGAAACUUGUAGCUCUGGAAGCUGCUAAUGAUUCACAUGCACCAUAUCGCGGGUGCCCAUCUGGGGUGGCACUCAUGGAUUGAGAUGGUAAGUUUUAUAAAGGUUCUUAUGUGGAAUCUACUGCUUAUAAUCCAAGUUUAGGGCAAGUGCAGGCAGCACUUGUGGGUUUUGUGGCUAAGGGAGGAGGUGAAUAUGAAAGGAUUGUGGCGGCAGCUUUGGUUGAGAAGGAGAGAGCAAAGGUGAGACAGGAAGAAACUGCCAGGCUGCUUUUGAAUAUGAUUUCUCCUAAAUGCGAUAUCAAGGUGUUCCAUUGCCAUGUUGCAGAAAAAUGAUGCCAAAAGGCUUCAACUUCAUGAUAAUUACUUAAACUUCUUUGCAUGACUAUAAUCUGCAAUCAUAGAUUGGCAUUGAUGUCAUCAGUCAAGCCUAAUGGUGAAUAAAUGAAUGAAUGAAUGAAGAAACAAAACUGGAUCCACCUCUACAUCAUUUUCCUGCCUCGAUCAACAGUGCUUAACAUUUCAAUAUAAACUUGCAAAAAUAUCUUACUGGUUCUUUGCUUUUAAAAGAAAGCACUUUUUUGUAAUUAUAGUUAUUUGAUUUACGUUUCUUUAUUUAUCUUCCUGAUUAAGCAAAUUUUAUAUAGGGUGUACAAUAUUUAAGAGUAAUGUCUUGUACACUUUACAAAAGUGUCUGUUGAAUAUGCAGUUACUUUGAGUAGAUUGCAUGUCAAAGGGUACUUUUCUCUGUUUUCUUCUGCUCUCUUUUUAAGCUAAUCAAAAAGAGGAAAAAGCUUCUUUGAGUAGAUUGGAUGUCAAAAGUGUCUGUUGAAUAUGCAGUUACUUUGAGUAGAUUGCAUGUCAAAGGGUACUUUUCUCUGUUUUCUUCUGCUCUCUUUUUAAGCUAAUCAAAAAGAGGAAAAAGCUUCUUUGAGUAGAUUGGAUGUCAAAAGUGUCUGUUGAAUAUGCAGUUACUUUGAGUAGAUUGCAUGUCAAAGGGUACUUUUCUCUGUUUUCUUCUGCUCUCUUUUUAAGCUAAUCAAAAAGAGGAAAAAGCUUCUUUGAGUAGAUUGGAUGUCAAAAGUGUCUGUUGAAUAUGCAGUUACUUUUCAGGAUCACACUCAUUGGUAGGGGUGUACAUAGGUCGGGUUGCUUCGGAUUUUUCAAUUACCAAACCAAACCAAUGGUAUCGGGUUUUUAAAUCU